AUGUUCUGUUUGUUGGGGACAUCUACAGCAAAAUGCAGUGGAGGCUCUCCACACCGCGAGAGGCGACGACGGGACGAUGACGCGACUACUCCAGGCGGCUUCAGUGCUGCCUUACACAGGACACCUCCUCCACCACCACCAGCGUUACUGCGCAGACUUGGAGUCAAGGAACCUACAGGAGUUGGGAAGAGUCGAGCUGGAGGAAGUGUCAGACACUUAUUGACUAAAGCUCAGUUCCUUCUUCUGCUCUGGGCCGAGGCCACGAUUGCGGGCAAACGCAAUGCGUUACGAAUACGGGCUAAAUGUCUAGUUUUGCUAAUCUCAGUGUUAUGA